AUGCGAGCGAACGGCAGCGAGUUGAACGGCACCGUUCUUCCGCGGGACCCGCCGGCCGAGGGCUCCCCGCGCCGACAGCCCUGGGUCACCUCCACGCUAGCCACCAUCCUGAUCUUCACCAUCGUAGUGGAUCUGCUGGGUAACUUGCUGGUCAUCCUCUCGGUGUACCGCAACAAGAAACUGCGGAACGCGGGAAAUGUAUUUGUGGUAAGCCUGGCAAUUGCAGACUUGGUCGUAGCAAUCUAUCCAUAUCCUCUGGUCCUCACAUCUGUAUUUCACAAUGGAUGGAAUCUGGGAUACCUUCACUGCCAGAUUAGUGGCUUCUUGAUGGGCCUAAGUGUCAUUGGAUCAAUUUUCAAUAUUACAGGCAUUGCUAUCAAUCGAUACUGCUAUAUCUGCCACAGUCUCAAAUAUGACAAGCUGUACAGCGACAAGAAUUCUUUGUGCUAUGUUGUUCUUAUCUGGGUCCUAACAGUUGUUGCUAUUGUGCCCAACCUGUUUGUAGGAUCUCUACAGUAUGACCCCAGGAUUUACUCGUGCACAUUUGCACAGUCUGUGAGUUCAGCAUAUACAAUAGCAGUGGUGUUUUUCCACUUCAUGCUUCCCAUAGCCAUCGUUACUUACUGUUACUUGAGAAUAUGGAUUCUUGUUAUUCAGGUAAGACGAAGGGUUAAACCAGACAACAACCCCAGACUGAAACCACAUGACUUCAGAAACUUUGUAACCAUGUUUGUGGUAUUUGUACUGUUUGCAGUAUGCUGGGCUCCUCUGAAUUUCAUUGGCCUUGCUGUGGCUGUUGACCCAGAAACUAUAAUCCCUAGGAUUCCAGAGUGGUUGUUCGUGUCUAGCUAUUACAUGGCAUAUUUCAACAGCUGCCUUAAUGCCAUCAUAUAUGGACUCCUGAAUCAGAACUUCAGAAGAGAAUACAAGAAAAUUGUUGUCAGUUUUUGUACAGCAAAAGCUUUUUUCCAGGACAGUUCUAAUGAUGCAGCAGACAGGAUAAGAAGUAAACCUUCUCCGCUGAUUACGAACAACAAUCAAGUGAAGGUGGACUCUGUGUGA